AUGAAGCGAGAGCGACCCUUCGCUGUGGACGAUGAAAACCCGCUGGGGCGUCAGAGACUGACGGAUGAUGCGACGUCGUUUGUGGAGGAGGUGGAAACGGUUGAGGAGACCCACACUGUUCUUGUCCGACUUCCUUGUUUGGACUUUUUUAGGGAUGCGCACAUAUGCGAGGAGGCCGCUCCUCACGACACUGCUUCGGCUGCCGAUGAAUGGGAUGAACGGGGCCGGCCGCGGCUCUCUGCGGGUGGGCUUAUGUUUAGGAACAACACACUGGAGACAGCGCAUCCAAUUGUUGUCAUCCGCACACAAGCAUACGGUGAGAUGGAGUUUGAAGGGUCGUGGUCUGAGUCGCACGAGGGGAAUGUCUUUGAAACACCGUCCAGCAAUCGUGUGGUGGUGCAACUGUGCGAGAGAAAUGAUGAAUCGACAACGAAAGGAAAUUACAGCAUGAUCAAUGACAUGGGUGGUGGCGUCAAAGGCGUUGUUAGCGAACAGCGUUCCGCUGCGGAUACAGGAGCUCCCUCAACGGGGGUUGAGGUGGCGAGUCUCUUGAAACACCCGUCUGUUGGCAUUACAGCUGACGAGGCGCGUGGGCGGCAAAAGGCUCGCAACGCGUCGUGGUGCUACGACCGAAUAGAUGUCCCAUGCGCGACGUUGGUGCUGCGUCGUGUGAAGUAA